CAACGCAUUAACCCGAAUGUUUAUCGACUGCGCAUGGACGACCGAUACCCCGGUCUCCCCAUCUUCAACUUCGAACAUCUCAAGCCGUAUCACGAGGGCAGGACCAGCAGGAAACGGCAAUACUUGGUGCGUUGGAAAGGGUUCGGGCCUCACUACGAUACCUGGCAGGUCGAGCGGGAUUUGCGCAACUCCCCGGACGUCCUAGCCGAGUACAAGCGCGAGAACGGCCUGUGA